AUGGGCGAUGGGGGCGCGGAGCGAGACCGUGGCCCCGCACGCCGGGAGUCGCGCGGCGGUCGCGGCGCGGACCGCGGCGAAGCGGAAGACUUGAGCGCAGAUGCCGGCGGCCUCAGCCCAGGGGAAAUUGCCGGGACCUCCGCCUCCAGUCCUGCGGGAUCCAGGGAGAGCGGCGCCGACAGCGACGGGCACCCGGGGCUUGGCGAGACAGACCACUGCCGCCGCAUUCUGGUGCGAGAUGCCAAAGGCACCAUCCGGGAAAUUGUCCUGCCUAAGGGCCUGGACCUGGACCGGCCCAAGCGAACCCGCACAUCCUUCACCGCCGAGCAGCUGUAUCACCUGGAGAUGGAGUUCCAGCGCUGCCAGUACGUGGUGGGCCGCGAGCGCACUGAGCUGGCCCGCCAGCUGAACCUCUCCGAGACCCAGGUGAAGGUCUGGUUCCAGAACCGCCGCACCAAACAGAAGAAAGACCAGAGCAGAGACCUGGAGAAACGGGUGUCUUCCUCAGUGUCAGAAGCCUUCGCCACCUCCAACAUCCUGCGGCUGCUGGAGCAGGGCCGGCUGCUGUCUGUGCCCAGGGCCCCCAGCCUCUUGGCGCUGACUCCCGGCCUGUUGAGCUUGCCUGCCGGCCACAGGGGCACCUCCUUGGGUGACCCCAGGAACUCCUCGCACCUCAACCCGCUGACGUCGGCCUCUGGGCCCCCCCAGCUGCCACCCCCACCUCCUUCUCUCUGCUUUUCAGCUGCCCCACUCCUGGACCUGCCUGCGGGCUAUGAACUGGGCUCCUCGGCCUUUGAGCCCUACAGCAGGCCCUACAGUCGGCUAGAAUGGAGAGUGGGCAGCCCUGGUGGGGCCAAAAAAGCUAAUGCUUAAUUUAAGGCUCCAUCCCCAUGUGACACUUUGUUCCCAAGCACAACACCGUCCCCGCCUCCCAGGCCCAGAGGUGGGCACCCACAUGCACCCGUCCCCAGUUCAGAGACUCGCUCAGGACCAGACAGCCUUGGUCAUGUGUGUGAGUGCAGUGUGCGUGCGUGUGCCUCUCACUGAAAUAAAAGAACAAUGACAACAAGGGAAAUGGAGUCCCCACAGCACCACC